GAAACGAAACCUUGUUUUGAGGCGGAGCCUAAAGGAUGCCUUAUAUUAAUUCCUCUGCUCUCUGAGCCAUUUAGUGUGAAUUUGGUGUGGAUUUGGUGCGACUUACCAGACUCUAACAAGAAAACCAUACAGCGAAAUAUUCGAGCAACUUCUGCUCAGAAAAGCAAUGGAUAUAAUAAUAAAGGGAUUCGAUGGAAUCACAAAACAUCUGACUGUUGACUGGAAUGCCACAGUUGGUCACCUGAAGCAGCUAAUUUUGCGUGACUUCAGUGUGGACCCUUCUCAACAGAAGCUGUCUGCAAAUAACGGUCAACGGAUCAACCUUGACGAUGAUUCCAGAAGCCUCAGUAGUUAUGGUUUGCACUCUGGAUCCACAAUAGCGCUCCUGAUCAGGACCCCUGGACCCAUGCAGGUGUUUGUCAAGAACGUGAAGGGCGAAACAAGUACCUACGACGUUGGUGUCGAUGAGACGGUAUCUCAGCUCCAGAAUAAAAUCUACAAUAAGGAGAGAACCCCGGUGGACCAGCAGAGGCUCAUUUACGGCGGAAUCCAACUGGAGUCGGGCAAGAUGCUUCGGGAUUACAAAAUCACAGCUGGAAGCACCAUUCACAUGACACUUCGUCUCCGAGGAGGAUAAUGGACAAAGUCUGACCUG